AUCCUUCUAAGACUAGACCACACUUCGGAAUAGGCUACGGUGCUCUACUGGUACCAAGGUUUUGGAAUAGGCUACGGUGGCUCUACUGUUACCAAGGUUUUGCGUUUUUACCCUUUUACUUUAAAGUAUUGUGUUCUUGAUUGUUACAAAUAUGAAGGAAAGGAGAAAUCCGCAGCCGUUGGUGGUGAGAUGUAAACUGGUUCUUGUUGGGGAUGUUCAGUGUGGAAAAACUGCGAUGUUGCAAGUCCUCGCGAAGGAUUGUUAUCCAGAGACCUAUGUGCCCACGGUGUUUGAGAACUACACAGCGUGUCUGGAACUAGAGGAGCAGCGCGUGGAGCUCAGUCUGUGGGACACGUCAGGUUCUCCCUACUAUGAGAACGUUAGGCCUCUCUGUUACAGUGACUCGGACGCAGUGCUCCUCUGUUUCGACAUCAGCCGCCCGGACACCUUCGACUGUGGGCUCAAGAAGUGGAAGACAGAGAUUGUAGAUUUCUGCCCAAGCACACGCAUCCUUCUCAUUGGCUGUAAGACCGACCUGCGCACAGAUGUCUGCACCCUGAUGGAGCUGUCCAAUCAGAAACAGGUCCCCAUCACCCAUGAACAGGGUUCCUCCAUGGCCAAGCAGCUUGGUACUGAGGCCUACCUGGAGUGUUCAGCGUUCACCUCAGAGAAGAGUAUCCACAGUGUGUUCCGUACGGCCGCUCUGGCUUGCAUCAACAAGCUCCAGCCCCUCCCCAAGCCCAGCCCCACCCGAUGCCUCUCCAAGAGGCUCCUCCAUCUCCCCAGCCGCUCCGAGCUGCUCUCCUCCACCUUCAAGAAGGAGAAGACCAAGAGCUGCUCCGUCAUGUGAGUGGAGACCCGGGACAGGGGGGGACAGGGGGUGUCGAUCCCCACCAACACGCUGCUCCGAUUCCCCAGAACCCCCUGACUAUCUGGUUCGGGGAAGGGGGGGGGGGGGGUUGGUUUCAUCACGAUAGCUUUGUCAAGAGAAGGCUCUUCUUCCAUGUUGAAUCCUUCCCCACCCCCUCCUCAAAGUGAAAUCAAUUCAGAACAGGUGGACACCUUGUCCUGAACUACUCUUCAGUGCAUAUCUCAUCUUUUUCAGUACUGUAUCUUGGCUUUUUGAUCAUCAGCGAACCAUUGUUCUCACCUGUUACAGUAACGGUAUGCAACCACGAUGGUGUGACAUCACUAUUAUUUAGGCACAUGGUGAUUUGUCCAAAUUGGAGAAAUGUGCAACGUGUGACAAAGUUUUAACCUUGUGAUGUAAAAAUGCCUCUCAAGACAAUUAAAUGCCUAUUUUGCCAAAAAAAAUCGAGCAUGAUAAUAUAUCAGACAUUACUGAAAAUCGUAUCCCUUCUGCACUACAGAAUCAACUAUAAGGUGUAGCAACAUGACCAAAUCGGUGGUCAAACAGUGUUUGUGCUCUUCUUGAUCAAGGCCCAACGGGGGCUGACUGAUUGAGAGAGGUGUGGAGAGAGGAGUGUUUGAUGGGACCACAGCAAAAACAGAGGUCCAUUACACGUCUCAUUGUCUCGGCCGUGAAGAGAGGAGGUCUAGACGUAUAAGGGCUGAUUGAGAUAGAAAACAAUGUGAAUGUACUGGAGCUUCCAGAGAUAGAAAUCCAGUUCUCUCCCAUCAUUUGAGAAUUGUCUGAUGAGGAGUGCUUUGAUAAAGAAGAAACCACUUCCAGGGAGUGGGGUAUUGUUCUAACUGGGGCAAUAGGCACAAAAUGGUUUACUGCAGCUCUGUCAAGAGAUCUGGUAAUGGCUGCCAGGUCAGUGUUGCAAUUCCCUGAGGUGAUUAUUUAAAGGACUGUCUGUUUGAAACUAGAAGAUGCUGCUUAAAACUUGUCAGGCUGAAUCCACUGGGGAAAUGUGAUGUCCUACUACAGGAGAAAGUGAUGUAGCAUCACAGUAUUGGUAUUUUGAUAAUCAACAAUGAUCAAACAGUACACCGUUUCUAUUAUAAACUGGGUGGUUCGAGCCCUGGAUGCUGAUUGGCUGACAGCUGUGGUAUAUCAGAACAUAU